AUGAUAAGUAGCAGCUAUUGGUCCUUGUUUCGACGUAAACAUCAGAGAAUAAAAUAUUUAAUUUUCAUCAUAACGGUUGGAGUGGGAAUUAUUAUUGCAUCGCUGGUCAUAUGUCUACAGAACUACACAGCUUACUUUUUGUAUUCUAUACCGUCUCUAUUGGUAUUACGUGGUCGUUUCCUGCAAAUUAUGGUAUAUAUAGACCAUAUUGUGAUGUAUAUGGAAAUGUUGAAUUUAAAAUUGAAGUCUGUUGUAAACUGUAAAAUACGGAAAGAGCACAUACACUUGGAUUUAAAUUAUGAUGCAAUUGAGUCCUUGGAAUAUCUGUUACAAUUAAAAAAUAUUUACAAUGAAAUCUAUGAGUUGGUGAUACAUUUUAAUGAGUUUUGUGGUUGGUCGAUGUUUAGCUUAUUCACAAUUAAUUUUGUUGAUAUCAUUGUAAAUGUGUAUUGGAUUUUUAUGACCAUUGUUGAUCUCUAUCCAUUCUCAAUGAUAUAUUUUACUACGUCACUUGUAAUGCCACUUAUUGUCAUUGUUGUUAUGAUCUGCUAUAGCGGGGAAUAUUGUAAAAGGGAACAUCUUAAUACAAUGAAAUUUGUUCAACGACUUUUAUGUACGUCUUGUUAUGAUAACACCACAAAAGCUUAUAAUAAUUUAGUGGCUGAGUUCUGUACCCAAAUCAAGCAGGAUCCUUUGCUCAUAACGCCAAAGGAAUUUUUUACUAUUGAUUUACAAUUGCUGAUGCAGAUCUUUGCUGCGGUUGUUUCGUAUGUGGUGAUUUUAAUGCAAUUCCAGACAUUAAAAAAUGAAGCCCAAAACUAA